GUCGGCGCGUGGGUGGAGGGGACUGGGUUCCGAGUUUCCGGGUGGGCGCGAGCGGCAGGGUCUGCGGCUCGCAGACUGGGCCAUGGAGAAGUUGCGGCGCGUCCUGAGUGGCCAGGACGACGAGGAGCAGGGCCUGACCGCGCAGGUCCUGGAUGCCUCGUCUCUUAGUUUCAACACCAGAUUGAAAUGGUUUAUCAUAUGCUUUGUGGCUGGCAUUUUCUUUUCUAUCCUUGGAACUGGAUUGCUGUGGCUUCCUGGAGGCGUAAAGCUUUUUGCAGUGUUUUAUACCCUUGGGAAUCUUGCUGCAUUAGCCAGUACGUGCUUUUUAAUGGGACCUGUGAAGCAGCUAAAGAAAAUGUUUGAAAAAACUAGAGUACUUGCAACAGUCAUUAUGCUUCUCUGCCUCAUAUUCACCCUGUGUGCCGCCCUUUGGUGGCAUAAGAAGGGACUGGCCUUACUAUUCUGCAUAUUGCAGUUCUUAUCAAUGACCUGGUAUAGUCUGUCGUACAUCCCAUAUGCAAGGGAUGCAGUACUUAAAUGCUGCUCUUCUCUUCUAAGUUGAAAAUCAGAAACUGUUCCUGGAAAAGCACCUUGGGAUGCUGAGAGUCCCUUGCUAGUGAAGCACACUGUUCCUGGUGCAGUGGUCACUCCAGCAACAACCACAGGACAGCGUAAGCCCUUCUGCGUACUGGUCAGACCACACACUGUUAAAAAGCUAAAUGUGCCUAGCUUUAACUUUGCUGUAUCAUUAACAUGCUCUUCCAAAGAUAAAGAGAUUUUAAUCAUUGCCAAUUUUAAA